CGGGCCGCGGGCGCCCCCGUGUGGCCCGCAGGGGGCUGUAAGGAGAGGACAGCAGCCCGCACGGGUGUGCCUGGUGCAGAACACUGUGGCCGCCCGUGGGUGACGCCGGGAGGUAGUGUGUGACGCCAAGAGACUCACUGUCCCUGAGCAGCAACAGCCAUGUCCAACAACAUGGCCAAGAUAGCGGAGGCCCGGAAGACAGUGGAACAGCUGAAGCUGGAGGUGAACAUCGACCGUAUGAAGGUGUCACAGGCGGCGGCCGAGCUCCUGGCCUUCUGCGAGACUCACGCCAAAGACGACCCGUUGGUGACGCCGGUACCCGCCGCAGAGAACCCCUUCCGCGACAAGCGCCUCUUUUGCGUCCUGCUCUGAGCCCUCCCGACAGCUUACCCUCCCCUGUCAAAGUAUGAA